GAUUUUAGUGCGGAUAUGUAAUCGACGUAAAGUGGACGCGACGUAUUAUCGUAGGUGCUUGUUGUUAUUGGUGUUUUGUUGUUUAAUAAUAUGUGGACAAAUAAAGAUCACCUACAGUUCAUUUAGUCAUGUAAACAGUGUCCAUGUCGCUAAGGAGAAUCAUCAACAGGGUGACGCGGUGGCAACACUAACGACGGCGACCUCAUCAGUUAGACGACCACCUUCGGUGGCGGCGUCUACGUCAUUUGUGACACCCUCACCAUCCUCGGCUGAGGAGGCAGUAUGACGACCACGGCGUGGCAACACUGUCAACCCGGCCGGCUGCUCUUGCACGCCGUCAUUUUUCUCGCCUUCACUUGUCAUUGGUUUGCAUUGGCAACGAUGCCGGGUGCCAGCAAUGCCAAGUUUUAUACCAUUUAUUGGAAUUCGUCGAACCCCAUUUUUCGCAUCGACAAUACCGACAAUAUCAUCGAUGUUAAUAGAAAUAACGUUAAAUUUGAAUAUGAUCAGGUCGACCUGAUCUGUCCCGUAUAUUCGCCUGGUACGCGGGACGAAGAAAUAGAAAAAUAUAUAAUAUACAACGUUUCGAAAGACGAAUACGAGACGUGUAGGAUAACAAAUCCCAACCCUAGGAUAAUAGCGGUUUGUGAUAAACCAUACAAACUAAUGUACUUUACGAUAACGUUUCGACCGUUCACGCCACAACCUGGAGGACUCGAAUUCUUACCAGGUCAUGAUUACUACUUCAUCUCAACCUCUACAAGCGACGACCCUCAUAGGAGGAUAGGUGGUCGAUGUACAACUCACAACAUGAAGAUCGUGUUCAAAGUCUGGGGCCCACCUCCGACUCCCGCUACGGUUCCGCCACCGCCGGUAACGGCAAAGCCGUCGUGGUGGUCCGUACCAUCGCCACGAACCACGACGUCCUCUACAACUUGGACGACAUCUACUACGGCGCCGUCAUCCACCACCACCAAGAAGUCCAAGGCUUACAACAAGCAUCCCAACGAGGUAGUGAAAAGUGAAGAAUUGACACUCGGAGGCGGCGCUCCGACCGCCGCCAAAUUAAUAGUGCUCGCGUGUUUGGCAGCGUUAGCGCUACGAUGAAAUUUUUGACCGCCCCCCGUACUAAGGACUCGGAAACCAUAUCUGAGUGUACCCCUUAUAACAAAUUUGUUGUCAACCCUUCCUCCCGUAUGUAUAUGAAACGUCAGAAUAACCCGCGCAUGUUGGACAUGGGGUACAAUUUCUGAGUAUACUAUUUAUCAGACUUGAUGUGUUCUUAUUCCCAACCGUGGCUUUAUACGGUUAUGACUGUCUUGAUAUGACCUAAAUUUAUCCUAAUUUAUAUAGAAACAAAUUUUUGAGAUCCGUUGAUAGUCUGGGUACUUAUUGCAGCUCUAAAGAAUUGAUUUCUAAGCAAAAUCUAAAUAUUUAAUAAAUGUAAAUACUCUUGGUAGGCCUAAGAAUGAUCGAAAUUGUUUUGUACCUUUUAAGUAUAAUCUAAAACAUUAUUUUUUUUAAUUUAGUAACGUAACAUCCCAAAAAAUAGCAUUAAACAACAAUGUUGACAAUAAGAAGCAUUAUUUGAAAGAGUAUACGAACACUAAAAAUUUGAAGAAAUUCAUAUAAAAUUUAAAACAAUAUUUACUUAGAUACUUUAUUUCUAUUAUUUUUAUUGAGUUAUUGUUGUAGCUUCCUAUGAUUUAUGAUUUCUUUUGGAAGAAAUUGUUGUCUAUUGAUAAAUGACAGUCGUUAUCAAUAACGCUGUAAGAAUUUACUGCAUUUUUCUUCCUAAUAUUUUAUAUAGGAAGAUUAUAAUCAAAGAAAGAAUAUCACAUAGAGAAAAUAACGUAUAUAAAAGAACAUAAUUCGAUUUCUUUUAAAAAAGUAUAGAAUAAAGAACAAGGUUUUGGAACUCCGUUUUCUAAAAAUAAGUAUAGAAACAAGAAUAAAAUUUUGAAAUGAAUUUUUUCUUGUAGUUGCCAUUUACUAUCCGUCAGUGUCAAAUAAAAAAGACAACUCAUUGCAAAAGAAAAAGAAGAGUAUGGAAGUAAAAUUAAAAUCUGCAAAAUAACUCAAACGUUGAUGACAAUUUGUCUUUUUACAAAAAAUAUAAAUCUAAAAUUAGUUUAAGAAAAACAUUUUGUAUAAACACUAUAUAGUUACAAUGAUAAUAAGAUCGUUUAAAUAAAAACCAGUUCUUUGGAUAGCUGUGAUAUGUCCGAGAUGCCUUAGGCAAAACCCUGUAUAUAUAUUUGGUAACUAAUUAUUUAUAAGAUAAAUUAUUUUUAGUCAUUGGAAUUUUACAUUUCCAAAAUGUACUUUUAAUAUUUU